CAUCCAGAAGAAGACCAGCACCAUGUCCCUGACCAUCUCCAGCUCCUCCAAAGCAAUCUCCUCUUCCUCAUCCUCUUCCUCCACUGUGGUCCAGCAGCAGAGACACUCCAGCCUGGUGCAGCCCCUUUGUAUCAGCCCCCAGAGGGUACCUGACACACACACACACUCACUCGCACACACACACACACACACACUCCACAUACACACCAAGCUUGUCACACCUCCAAAACACACACGAUAUACACAUUCAAUAGCAGAAAAAAGCUUCAACUGCACCUUAUCAACAUUGAUGAUAUGUUAUGUGGUCCUCUGUAGCUCAGCUGGUAGAGCACGGCGCUUGUAACGCCAAGGUAGUGGGUUCGAUCCCCGGGACCACCCAUACACAAAAAUGUAUGCACGCAUGACUGUAAGUCGCUUUGGAUAAAAGCGUCUGCUAAAUGGCAUAUAAUAUAAUAUAAUAUUAUGUACGCACAGACAGCAUAUUGACAGUGCUACUUUGUAUUUUGGAAUCUACAGAUAUGUUGUUCUCUUGUUUCUAGACACAGAGUCCAUCCUACCCCCAACAGUAUUCAGGGAGUGGUGGCGUGGCCCCAACUUUUGUCAAGGUAAUAAAGCACAGAAUACAUCUUUACCCCAUCUGGUGAUUGAAUAUGGAACUGGUUCGGGUUGGCUUGGCCCUACAUACAUUUCCUGAAGGGUCCUUCCUCCUUACAUCAGUGGCCUGAUCCUUGUCUUUAAAAUGGAUAUACACCUACUCAAGUUCCUUAUGAUGUCAUAGGCAGCUAUCUGUCAGAACAUGACAAAGACCAUUGUCUUAAUUGUUGUCAGAGGUCAAAAAUGUGUCAAAAGCAUCCUUGAUUGUGCCCUAAACAGCUACGAAAAAGUAUGAAAAUGAAUGCCCUCACUACUGUAAGUUGCUCUGGAUAAGAGCAUCUAUUAAAUUACUAACAGCUGGAUACACACUGUAUGUGCAGAGGGCUGAGGUGAGGAGAGAGGUUGAGAGAGGAGGGAGGAGGAGCUUGAUGGUAUGUUGGUGUCAGCAGCCAUUAGCUUUGAUCCACUUCUCUCCUGUGUCCAGUGUCUCCAUGACGUCAGCACGGUCAAGGGUCAGCUGGUGGUUCUAGAGUGCCGUAUUCGUGGAACGCCACCACUGCAGGUUCUGUGGUACCGUGAGGACGAGCAGAUAGUGGACUCCGCUGAUUUCCACAUCCUCAGAAAGAGUGAGUAGCAGUAGUUCACAGUGGGAAACAGACCAAUAAUUACCUUUGAGGCACUAAAUAGAAAUGCUCUAAACUUUCUACUUCUUUUUCAGAGGCUACUUCUGCAUCAGUGCCAGGUGGGUUGGAAAGCAUACCCAAGGCCCACUGUUGGCUAUUGAAGGACACAUUUACCACUGUUUACCACUGUUUACCACUAUAAGAUGACCAGUCAAACCUGAUACAUUGGUGCUGAUAUGUCCUUCUCUCCUCCCUCUACAGAGGAGCUGUGGACACUUGUCAUCACCGAGGCCUUCCCAGAGGACUCUGGGGUGUUCAAAUGUAUAGCUGGGAAUCAGUUGGGAACAGUAUCAUGCGACGCCAUACUGGAGGUGUACCUGGGUGAGCAGAGACUAGCUUCAGAACUGGUCAGACACACAAGACUACUUUCAUGCUUCUGCACAGCUUUCUUCAUCCACUGUAAUCUACAUAGAAUCUUGAAAUACAUUCUGACAAUGUGACCAUGUCUGUGUCCAGACCUGGAAGAGCAGUUGGAGAAUGAGAUGCCCAUGGAUGAGCAGCCCUUAGAGUCUACCAGGCUGGAACCUGAUGACUUUCCUUCUUUACUUAAUGACAUAGCAGGGAUUCCCCCUCCAGAGUGGCCUGAGAGCCCAGUCUGUGAGAUUGGUCACCCACUUGAAGAACAGUGAGUUUAACUAUUCUAACAUUCUGCAAAAAUCCUCAAAUGGAGAGAUGAAUGUCCAGUAUUCUGUUCUGUGAGACAGUACUUAUUUAUCAAAAUACCUAUCAAUAAUGCAAAUGCACGAUUUUGAGGAAUCAUCGUAUAUGUAAUCUUUGCUGUGGCAGGGAUGCAGAGGUCAGAGAAAUACAGUAUUUCCCUCAUGUCAUUUCGAUUCAACUGCCACAAGAGGGGGCUAUUGCCUUAUUUUGAAGUUUCUGGUAGGCUGCUACAGUUAAAAAAGUUGUAUGAUCUAAUUAUCUUUGUACAUUAACUAAUUAAUUAAUUAAUUAGGACUCAAUUAAGAUAGGUAUUACUUACAGCGCUGAUUGUUUGGUUUGAAGAUGGUUUAUCAUCUGAUUAUAAUAACAGGGAGGGGAUUAUUUAGCCUAUUUGUCCUUAAUUAUUUAUUUUUUUAGAUAAUGCAAGGAACUGAGUUUAUACUAUGUUAUUAAAUAGGAGAUUAUAAAGGCUUGUGUGUAGGCUAGAAAGGCACAACGAAUGGGGGCGACUGUGACAUGUAAAAUAAAAAUAAAUGCAGGUCAGCGGUCGCGUUACAGCCGCGUACUGAAAUCACCUGGGAGUCGGCGCGCACGUCAUUCUGCAUACCCGACGUGGGUGUACACAAGCUACUACGGACCUGUUGCACUCCAACUCUUAUCAGAAACAUUUAACUCUCCUCUGCGGUGCAGCCUUUAUUGAAGUUGAAAUAGCAUAUGAUAUUUAAACUAGGAACAGUUAUCCAGGUAAGCUUAAUGCAUUAUUGUUUGACGAAUUUAUCACAUGUGCAACUGAUUAUACACGUUUGUAUUUGAUUUGUGUUUUUCUAUAAUAGAUUGAAAUAUAUACAUUUGUAGCCUAUAUAAAACCUUGUGAAGUACUGUGGUCAUGUUCUAAGUAAGUAAAUGCAAAUUACCUUUCCAUGUUAGUGUUGACAUUCAUGUCUGCAUAUCAUAUGUGAUUCACUCAGGGAGUUGGUUAAAUUGUAUCUUUUGGAGGUAUUUGGCUGUGCUGCAUUUCAUAAGGGUUUAAUUUAUUAAGUGUAGUGUCAAAGUGAGAUCUCUCUCUAUAGUAAUCCAAGCCUUGCCUAUAAUUUAAAUUUGCAUACCAAAGAGUUCAAGACACUUUGGCUGCGUUCACACAGGCAGCCGAUUCUGGUCUUUUUUCCCACUAAUUGGUCUUUUGACCAAUCAGAUCAGCUUUGAAAAAGACCUGAUGUGAAAAGAUUUGAUGUGAUUGGUCAAAAGACCAAUUAGUAGAAAAAAUAUCAGAAUUGGUCUGUCUGUGUGUUUGUGCUGCUCUGUAGUGAAUUUGGAAUGUGAGAUUUCAUUGGAAUUUGAUGGUUCAGUAAAUGCUUUUAGGAAUGUCUUUAGAGCAUGAGUUAGUUGCGGUUUUGUGUGUUUACUCAACUGUCAUGGUGUUUAAAAAUAGGGCAAUUCCACGGUAACAGAAGGACGCUGACACUAAAAUUUUACAAAAACACAUUUACUUGAACAGUGCAGAUGUUAAGUUUGGUAACCGAAUGAGGACACAAAAAGCAGGAACUGUCAUUCUGUUACCAAAUGUUGCAUCUGCACUGUUCUUCAAGCAAAUUAUUUUUUAUUACAUUUUCAGUGGAAAUUGUUAACAGUAUUCUUUGUGCAUAGAUUUGUAUGGUUUGUUUAUUUGUAUUGUUUGCAAUCCUUGGUUUUUGUUUGACAUACAUUUUAAAGGGGAAAAUCUGAAUCUCAGCAUCAUUCUGUUACCGUGGAAUUGCCCAAUAUCUACAGUACUCUCACAUUUCUGUUUGUUUGACUAGGCAGGGACCGGACCCUUUUCAAUACCCCCGGUUUAUAGAAAAGGGCACCUUGUGUCAGUGGUGUGGUUCACAAAGGUAUAAGUCCCAAAAUAGACUGCAUAGACUCUAGCCUUUUUCCUAAGAUUCUGAGAGCAGACUAUUUGAGACUACUGUGAUUAGGUUUGCAUUAUGUCCACUCUGCAUUAUGUCCCCCGUGUCAUCUGCAGAGGAGACAACUCCUUAUUCUACACCACAGAUAAUCAUCUGCAGAGGAUACAACUCCUUUAUUCUACACCACAGAUAAUCAUCUGCAGAGGAUACAACUCCUUUAUUCUACACCACAGAUAAUCAUCUGCAGAGGAUACAACUCCUUUAUUCUACACCACAGAUAAUCAUCUGCAGAGGAUACAACUCCUUUAUUCUACACCACAGAUAAUCAUCUUGGUUUGAUCAUUUCUUUCUGAAUGAUCUUUAGCAUUGAGUAGAAAUAAGUUGUAUUGUUUAUAGACCCUGCGUGAUUCUGUUGACUGUCGUUGGCGACAAAGUGUAGCCUGCUCUGCUCUUAUCCACAAUGCUCGUCACACGGGCCGGGGUGUCGGAGUUAGCUGAGCUGCACCUGCCAGCUAAUGUCAGCCUCCUGAUUUAGCCCCUCACACUUUAUUAGAAACAUACAGCAACGUGUGUCCACUUCUCUUGAAGGUCAUGUGGACAUUGUUUGUAUUCAAGUCAUUUUUCCUUUAAGUGUGUAAGGCAAGACAAAACAUACUGAACACAGAUUAACUAUUACUAUGCAAAAAAGGGCAACUCAACAUGCACUGUCCACCUUUUAAAAAAGGCUUUGCAUGGGUGGGUACAGGUAUAACAGUUUUAUUGUAGGAAGGAAUGUUGCUUCUAUGGUCACCACUUGUCCAGUUAACUUGAGUAAUGCAAAUGAAGUGACCAAAGUUUUUCCUUGCAGGUGUCCAGGUCCAGAGCUGCAGGCACCCAGUAAAACCCUUGAGGAGCCCUUCAGUCUGAGUGAAAAGAGUAUCCACAGCUCAGAGGGUCAGAGGUCACCUGAAGCCAGCAGAACCACCCCAACCCCGCCAGCCGUGGGGAAAAAAACAACCCCCAAACUGUUCACUCCCAGCAAGCCCAGCUUCCAGAACCUCAGAGACUUUGGAGGCUGCAGCAUGAGCAGCAGUGUGGCCGACCUGCCCACCUUCUCCCCCAACCUCUUCGCCCCCAGCGCCUUCAACUAUGCUCGGCCACGCCAGUUCAUCCAGUCUCAGCCAGCCUUUCAGGCCCCCAGCUACGAUGUCGCCCAGGUUCUGCCUCAGCCCAACGGGAACAGCAGCAAGGCCUCUUCCUCCAAUCUGAACUUCCCCAUUUCUACCCCUGCAUCCUCACAGCCGACGGUGUUCCCUCGUGAUCCUCCUCUUCCCUCCUCUGCUGCCCAGCCCAUGUCCCUCUCUCGCGCCCCCAUGCGCUCCACUAUCACCCUCACCCCCAGGGCCAACACCAGUGUCCCAGCCCCGCCUGAGCCCAAGCCCCAGUCCUCUUCAGCUGCCUUCCUCUGCUCUGUCCUGCCCUCCCAGUCCGCCCCACAUUACAAGCCUGCUCCCAUGUCUAUUCCUCAGCCUCUAUCCCCAGCUCGCUCCCCACACUCCCCCAACCCCCCCAGCCCUCUGCCCAAGCCCAGGUUUGAUACCUCCCUGCACAUGGGACAGGGACUCUCUCUCCCUACACAGAGCCUGCCUAUGAGUCAGUCUCUCCACUCUCCAACUCCCCCCCCAGUUUCCAUGCCACAGCCCCCCUUUCCUCCUCCCUCAUGUGUGUCUCUGCCUCCUAGCUACAGAGGGACCCCAAACAUGUGAGUUUCUAUAUUUUCUAAAUGUAAAUAAAACGUCUAAAUAUUACUAGUAUGUGAUUGCCAUUCACUGUAUAUUACGAUUUUAGCAUUAAUGGUUCAUGUUCUUCUUCUGGCUUUCCCGUUCUCUUUCCCUCCCCAGCCUUCCCAAGCCCACCGUGAAGAAGGCUCCUGUUCCUAGGCCAGGGUCCCGCAACACGGAUGAGGAUAUCCAGGGUUCCAAGGACGCCCUGAUCCAGGAUCUGGAGAAGAAACUGCGCACCAAAGAGGCCCGUAGGCGAAACAGCCAGGUAUCCAUUUGAACAAAUUGACCUGAUGUUAGUCGGGAGGGACGUGUUUGUGAUUUUUGUGUGGAUAUAUGUACGUAUGUGGAUAGGGAAAUGUAUAAUAUACAGUGAGGGGAAAAAAAGUAUUUGAUCCCCUGCUGAUUUUGUACAUUUGCCCACUGACAAAGAAAUGAUCAGUAUAUAAUUUUAAUGGUAGGUUUAUUUGAACAGUGAGAGACAGAAUAACAACAACAAAAUCCAAAGAAAUGCAUGUCAAAAAUGUUAUAAAUUGAUUUGCAUUUUAAUGAGGGAAAUAAGUAUUUGACCCCCUCUCAAUCAGAAAGAUUUCUGGCUCCCAGGUGUCUUUUAUACAGGUAACGAGCUGAGAUUAACACUCUUAAAGGGAGUGCUCCUAAUCUCAGCUUGUUACCUGUAUAAAAGACACCUGUCCACAGAAGCAAUCAAUCAAUCAGAUUCCAAACUCUCCACCAUGGCCAAGACCAAAGAGCUCUCCAAGGAUGUCAGGGACAAGAUUGUAGACCUACACACGGCUGGAAUGGGCUACAAGACCAUCGCCAUGCAGCUUGGUGAGAAGGUGACAACAGUUGGUGCGAUUAUUCGCAAAUGGAAGAAACACAAAAUAACUGUCAAUCUCCCUCGGCCUGGGGCUCCUUGCAAGAUCUCACCUCGUGGAGUUGCAAUGAUCAUGAGAAUGGUGAGGAAUCAGCCCAGAACUACACGGGAGGAUCUUGUCAAUGACCUCAAGGCAGCUGGGACCAUAGUCACCAAGAAAACAAUUGGUAACACACUACGCCGUGAAGGACUGAAAUCCUGCAGCGCCCGCAAGGUCCCCCUGCUCAAUAAAGCACAUAUACAUGCCCGUCUGAAGUUUGCCAGUGAACAUCUGAAUGAUUCAGAGGAGAACUGGGUGAAAGUGUUGUGGUCAGAUGAGACCAAAAUCGAGCUCUUUGGCAUCAACUCGCCGUGUUUGGAGGAGGAGGAAUGCUGCCUAUGACCCCAAAAACACCAUCCCCACAGUCAAACAUGGAGGUGGAAACAUUAUGCUUUGGGGGUGUUUUUCUGCUAAGGGGACAGGACAACUUCAACGCAUCAAAGGGACGAUGGAUGGGGCCAUGUACCGUCAAAUCUUGGGUGAGAACCUCCUUCCCUCAGCCAGGGCAUUGAAAAUGGGUUGUGGAUGGUUAUUCCAGCAUGACAAUGACCCAAAACACACAGCCAAGGCAACAAAGGAGUGGCUCAAGAAGAAGCACAUUAAGGUCCUGGAGUGGCCUAGCCAGUCUCCAGACCUUAAUCCCAUAGAAAAUCUGUGGAAGGAGCUGAAGGUUCGAGUUGCCAAACGUCAGCCUCGAAACCUUAAUGACUUGGAGAAGAUCUUCAAAGAGGAGUGGAACAAAAUCCCUCCUGAGAUGUGUGCAAACCUGGUGGCCAACUACAAGAAACAGCUGACUUCUGAUUGCCAACAAGGGUUUUGCCACCAAGUACUAAGUCAUGUUUUGCAGAGGGGUCAAAUACUUAUUUUCCUCAUUAAAAUGCAAAUCAAUUUAUAACAUUUUUGACAUGCGUUUUUCUGGAUUCUUUUGUUGUUAUUCUGUCUCUCACUGUUCAAAUAAACCUACCAUUAAAAUUAUAGACUGAUCAUGUCUUUGUCAGUGGGCAAACGUACAAAAUCAGCAGGGGAUCAAAUACUUUUUUCCCUCACUGUAUGAUUAAAUGUGAGUCAAGACAGAUGUUACAAUCUAAAUGUUAUCUUAGUUUAUUCCCAAACCACAUUAAAUAAGUGGUUGUUUACUCCACUACCACAUUAAAUAAGUAUAGUGAGGGGAAAAAAGUAUUUGCCCACUGACAAAGAAAUGAUCAGUCUAUAAUUUUAAUGGUAGGUUUAUUUGAACAGUGAGAGACAGAAUAACAACAAAAAAAUCCAGAAAAACGCAUGUCAAAAAUGUUACAUGUACAUGGCCCCAUCCAUCGUCCCUUUGAUGCGUUGAAGUUGUCCUGUCCCCUUAGCAGAAAAACACCCCCAAAGCAUAAUGUUUCCAUCUCCAUGUUUGACGGUGGGGAUGGUGUUCUUGGGGUCAUAGGCAGCAUUCCUCCUCCUCCAAACACGGCGAGUUGAGUUGAUGCCAAAGAGCUCGAUUUUGGUCUCAUCUGACCACAACACUUUCACCCAGUUCUCCUCUGAAUCAUUCAGAUGUUCAUUGGCAAACUUCAGACGGGCAUGUAUAUGUGCUUUCUUGAGCAGGGGGACCUUGCGUGCGCUGCAGGAUUUCAGUCCUUCACGGCGUAGUGUGUUACCAAUUGUUUUCUUGGUGACUAUGGUCCCAGCUGCCUUGAGAUAAUUGACAAGAUCCUCCCGUGUAGUUCUGGGCUGAUUCCUCACCAUUCUCAUGAUCAUUGCAACUCCACGAGGUGAGAUCUUGCAUGGAGCCCCAGGCUGAGGGAGAUUGACAGUUAUUUGGUGUUUCUUCCAUUUGCGAAUAAUCGCACCAACUGUUGUCACCUUCUCACCAAGCUGCUUGGCGAUGGUCUUGUAGCCCAUUCCAGCCUUGUGUAGGUCUACAAUCUUGUCCCUGACAUCCUUGGAAAGCUCUUUGGUUUUGGUCUUGGCCAUGGUGGAGAGUUUGGAAUCUGAUUGAUUGCUUCUGUGGACAGGUGUCUUUUAUACAGGUAACGAGCUGAGAUUAGGAGCACACUCUUAAAAGGGAGUGCUCCUAAUCUCAGCUUGUUACCUGUAUAAAAGACACCUGGGAGCCAGAAAUCUUUCUGAUUGAGAGGGGGGUCAAAUACUUAUUUCCCUCAUUAAAAUGCAAAUCAAUUUAUAACAUUUUUGACAUGCGUUUUUCUGGAUAUUUUUGUUGUUAUUCUGUCUCUCUCUGUUCAAAUAAACCUACCAUUAAAAUUAUAGACUAAUCAUUUCUUUGUCAGUGGGCAAACGUACAAAAUCAGCAGGGGAUCAAAUACUUUUUUCCCUCACUAUAUUUGUUUACUCCACUACCACAUGAAUAUUGUACAUGAAAAUGUGUGGUUCCCAUUUGAUUUGAACCCAUGCCAUCAUACAUCAUCAGACCAUUUAAUACCACAAUGUUGCACUGGCAACUAUGCAAGAGGGAAAUAUGGAUUUAGUUAUGUAUCAUUCCCUUGUAGCCUUCCCGUAUUCAUGUAAUUAAAGUCAAGGACAAACCAUAUCCUUGAUGCCAGGUUCAUCCUUCAGUAGAGUCCAACUUCCAAUAAAUAGAGGCUUCUGUGGAAUCACAGGGGCUUGGUGGACCAGUGUACUAUAAUCAACACAAGGUAGCUGUUGUGUUGAAGUGUAUCCAAUAACAUUGGAGGCUGCUCUAUGGACAGAUUUACUGGCAUAGCCGGUCCCAAUUCACUCUCUACCCCUUCCAAUGUAUCCAUAACCCUUCGAUGUUUGCAGAUCUGAAGCGUCUUAAUAAGUAUAAACAGUUCAGUGGUGGAGGUUCCACCAUAUUGCUUCCAAUUAGCAAAUUGGGACCUACUGGCACUUUUGCAGUAUACUGGCUGACCAUUGGCUGGUUUACUGGUAUUAUACAGUAUACUGACUGACCAGUGGCUGGUUUCCUGUCUGUCUCCUGACAGAAGCUGUCCUAUGAGGAGCGCAUGGCUCGGAGGUUGCUGGGUCCAGAUAACGCUGCCUCUGUCUUUGACUUUGAGAAUUCCUCACAACCCGACCAGGUAUAAUCUACGCAUAUCACUUCUACAUCAUCCAUUACAGCCCAUUUGGUUUGCAGGAAGUUAUUUAAGGCGAUGCCUACACUUAGACAUUUACAUUUGAGUACUUUAGCAGACGCUCUUAUCGAGAGAGACUUCCUGUUAGUGCAUUCAUCUUAAGAUAGCUAGGUGGGACAACCACAUAUCACAGGCAUAGAAAGUACACUUUUCCUCAAUAAAGUAGUUAUCUUAGCUCAAGUGAUUGUAUUUAAAGGAUCCAUAUUUUGCCAUACUACUGUAUGUUUCCAGAUAUUCUGAUAAAAGUUUGUCAGGCUGGGAGCUGUCGUUACUAAUACUAUGUGGAUUUUAGGUUAGCUGGAAUGUUCCCUGUACUAUGUGUGACUAGUCCCCUGUCACUGUCCAUCACCCCUGAAUCCUCCUCACACAAUGGGACUGGCCUCUGGCUCUGUUGUCCUCUUCAGUCACAGGAGAUAAGUCUACAGCCAAUCCACAGCCCUCUUCUAAGAAUGCAGCUAGAAAUAGCAGGGGUGAAGAUUGUGUGCCAAAGCAGCAUUUUCCCAGGGAUUUGUAAUGUAGGAUGCCAGGAAGAGACCACACACAUAGUACAACACGUGUGCCCACCCCACGGGUAUAGCCCCUAGCCCCCUACAUCCAACCACCCCAUUGCCCUAGGCAUAGUGUCAUGUACUUAGAAAGAUUAGCAAGUCUGGUUAUUUAAAGAGGUUGUUUCAAAGUAAUGCAUUUCAGGAGAAGAUUUGUGGGUGAACUUUAGUGUUGGCUAGUGUAGAGGCAGAGAUGAAUCACUCCCUAUAUACAGUAUGGGAAUGGUUUUACACACAGACGGGUCCAUUGCAUAAUUUUAAUUCCCAAAUCUCUGUCCUCUGUCUUGCAGCCAGAAUCACCAGAGGGACGUAACACCGGAGGAAUAUGGUACAUUUCACCAACGGACGGCAAAAGCUUGUGCAUACAGUGAUAGUACAUUACAUAUUGGUAUACAGUUUUGCUGGUAUGGAAUGUGUACCGCAUUACAUAAUGAAGCAGUAGACGAUAAGAGGAUACUAGAAAGAGGAGCACAGUGCUCCACGUGAGGGUGAAUGGGGUCUGGGAUUGGGAGGCAGGUUGUCUAAUCCAGGUUGGGUUUCCUGCCACUGCCAUGUGUUUGUGUGCCAUUUCCACCGUCUACCACGGGCUCCGGUCCCCCCCCCGGCAAUGCCGUAACGAGGACAAUUAUAGACCAUGUACUGAGUGAGCUGACAUGUCUCUAUGGCUGUGUGGCUUCCUCACUGGUCUUUCCUGGGAUUGCCUUGUCUUCCAAUGAUGUAUUGUAUGUAAAGGGCACAUGCUGUGCUGCUUGGAGUUGGUUUAGGACCCAUGGAUGGACUUGUUGUUCAUUUGUUUGUCAAUGUUAUGGGGGUUUUCUGUACCGUCGUUCAGCAUGAAUGGUGAUGCAGCAUUUGACCCUGUUAUCAAUUAGUUCAAUUAGCUCUCUGAACCUGAAAUAUGAGAAGUGAGCUCUGUUGUCUGCAUGAAAACUCCCUCAUUCAGUCAGCUAUCAGAGCAGUUAUGAAUGAAAGCUCCUCUGUGUUCUCUCUCGCUCUUUCAUUCUCUCUCCUUUCUCUUCCCUCUCUCAUUUGCUCACUCUCUCUUCUCUUCUCGCUCUUUCAUUCUAUCUCUCGGUCUCUCUCUCUCUCUCUCUCAUUCACUCACUCAUUCUCUCUCGCUCUCUCAAUCUCGCUCUCAUUCUCUAAUUUCUUUUCAAGGGGAAAACACCACUCUGGUACUGAUGGCAACGAGGGCUCAGCCAUCCAGGAGAAGUGCUAUGCCCCACGCUUCAUCCAGGUCCCCCAGGACCUCACGGUGGAGGAGGGCAGGUUCUGUAGGAUCGACUUCAAGGUACAGUACUGGAUACGCUCUAAUCAGUUUAGUAAUGCCUGUUGAUAACUGGACUCAUUCAACAUUUAUAGCUGAGGUAUCUUCUGUAAAGACCUCGUUGAACUUUGACACUGACUCAUGCAACACUUUUAUUCAAGUGUAAUGAAAGCCUCUGGAAACCAAACAUGAAACCCAAUGGCCCCUGUGGACAGAAUAACCAGGUUGUAAAAGUUGCGCUUUACUCCCUAUCCCGCCCCCACUCUGGGCCCCUGCACUACGCCCCCUCAUGGCCCUCUAGUAGGCCAGACUACAGUCCCUGGGUCCCUCACUCCUCAAGGCCAGGGUCGUAUUCAUUAGCACACACCGUAGCAAUUUAUUUUCUUGUUGGACAAGUUCAGGUUGUCCCUCCCUGUUUGUCUUUUUUUUUCCCCCUAAUGAAUACACCUCUGGUUGUGCCCUCAGGUGGGGGGUCUGCCCACCCCAGACGUGUCCUGGUACCUGGAUGGUAAAGCCAUCCGUCCGGAUGACUACCACAAGAUGCUGGUGUGUGAGAAGGGCAUGCACUCCUUCAUCAUCGAGAUCGUUACGGUGCAUCACGCUGGAGUCUACGAGUGUAUUGCCAGGAACCGCGCCGGGGAGAACCGCUUCUCCAUGAAACUGGAGGUUAUCGGUAAGGGCUGUUUUGACUACUGUCAAAUCAUCUCCCAUUUCCCAUCGCUUAGCAUUGAUGCUCUGACAUUGCUCCACCUUCACCCCAACCCCUCAUCUCCUCUCCAGCCCAGGAGGUGCUUCGCCCCCCUACCUUCGUCCAGAAGAUGCUGAACUCUCGUGCCCUGGAGGGGGACACAGUGAGGUUAGAGUGUAAGGUGGCUGCCUCCCCUCCACCAAAGCUCUUCUGGAAAAAGGACAAAGACAUGCUGCGCAUUGACCCCACCAGGAUGAGGUGGGUGGAGCUUCAAUUCCAUCACUUUCAGGAUGUUUUUAUACCUUUUUUAGAAGGAGAAAUACUCCCGGUAGAGAUUGUAAUUUCUGGUCCUUAGCUGAGUUGAAUCUAGCUGAAGUGUAUUUGUGGUCAUUAGCUGAUAUAGCUUUGCUAGGUAACGUGAACCUCUCUUAGCUGAAAGUGAGAGGUUCUGUUGAUUCCAUAAGGGGUUAACCCAGGCCUGAUGUUUGUCUCCCAGCCUGUACCAGGACGGUACAGGAAGUCAGUGCCUGCUCAUUGAGAGGUUAGUCAAAUCUGAUGCAGGCUGGUACACCCUGUCUGCCAUCAACGAGGCCGGCAUGUCAACCUGCAACGCCAGACUGGACGUAGGAAGUAAGUGGACCUUGUGCGUUUGUGCAUGCAUGGUUUGUGUUUGUGGCUUGAAGUUAAGCACAGACUAGUGUUCAGUUCAGAGUUAAAUUGUCCGUUCCCUGUCCAUUACCUAUUACUGUAUGGUAGAUGUUUAGAAUUCAACUCAUAAACACCACAUAAAUGCUGUGGCCAUCAACCUGCUGACAUCUACACUAGUGGGACAAGCAGGGAUUACAGCGCUGUUUACAUCCGAGACAGACAAUGCUGUAACCUUGCACUCACAAUGUCUGCUAUGGCAGGGCAUUGAAAUGGCAAUGGCAUACUACACUAAUGUACUAUGAAUUACCAGUGUUGUACAAUAACUUAUGUACUGUAACAGCAGGGGGAAAUGGUCUGUUAUUCAAUAUUUGUAGCACUUUCUCCUGUUAGAAUGAAGGAGAGGGGCCUCUUUCUAUCUUGCGUUUCUCCACAGUGUGAAUAGAGGGUAAUUCCCUGUCAUUUAUCCCCCGUCCCGCAAAUGGUUGCCAUGGCAGGUUGUUAAGGCUGAUAGAAACCCAUAGCGGAUAUAUUAUUAGUAGGAAAAUGAGAGGCCGCUGUAUUCAUUGUGCCUGGCUGGCUAUUGUAUUUCUCCUCGAUCACAUAACAUGCCAUCUGUUACGCGCACCGAGAACGGCCAUGGUGAGGUUUACCUCCAUUCAGCGUAGCUCGCUGAAGAAGUCAAGUCUGUAAUUGAUCAGGUGAGAGUGCAUAUUAUUUUCAUCUGUCCUCAACGCGGGCUGUAAUAUCCGGCUCCAACUGUGCAGUAACAUUUAGCCGUGUACUCUGCUGGCCAGAAGGAAAGCUUGUCUUUCGACCCCCAAGGGUUGAACCUGUAACUGGAGCUGGGGCUUAAUAUCUUAUAUAAGCUUUUAUAAUGGCUCUUAUAUGAGCGGUUUCUCUUUGGAGUUAUUUUAGGAAACUCUCUUAGGAUAGCAACACAUUCCUCCUCCUGUGGAUUAGGAGAUCCAACCAUUUCUCAGAUUGUUUAAAAUAAUAGGUUGGUAACAUUUAUGACAAUGACUGGCUUUAUUUAAAGGUUGUUUUAUUACCUGGCUCAAACACAACAUUUCCUCUGUGUUAUUAUUGCAUUAGAGGUUCAAGGGGUCUAUUCUGAAUAUAUCCUGACCUUUGUAUUCCAUUCUGUCUCUGCAGCUCGCACCAACAAGCCUGCCCCCCCUAAAGGCAAGCAUUUUAAAAUCCCCCUCCUCAGCCAUCUCCCCAUCCUGACUCCGGACCCCCCCCAGCACACGGCCCCCCUGUACGAGAGUGAGGAGCUU